ACCUGAGCAGAACUGAUGUCCCCUGGUCUGUGUCUCUGCCCGGCAGCAUGGGGAACCUGAUCAAGGUCCUGACUCGAGACAUCGACAGCAACGCUGGGAACUUCUUCCUGGACUUCGAGAACGCCCAGCCGUCCCAGUCGGAUUCGGCCGUGUGGGAGAAGGUGAACCAGGUCCUGACGGAGGCCCAGGUCAUCCUCCAAGACCUGCAGGCCUACAGAGGAGCCGGAGAUGAGAUCCGACAGGCCAUCCAGAACCCCGGGGUGGACGGGGUCCAGGAGAAAGCCUGGGCCGCGGUGGUUCCUCUGGUCUCCAAACUCAAAACCUUCUACGAGUUCUCGCAGAAGCUGGAGUCGGACCUGCGGUGUCUCCUGGAGGUGCUGAGCAGCUUCUCCACCACGCCCACCCAGCACCUGGAGCAGAAGCAGGCGCUGGCGCGCCAGUUCGCCCACAUCCUGCACUUCACGCUGCGCUUCGACGAGCUCAAGAUGACCAACCCGGCCAUCCAGAACGACUUCAGCUACUACCGCCGGACCAUCAGCCGCAUGCGCAUCAACAACCUGUCUUCCGGCUCAGGGAGCGAGGUCAACAACGAGAUGGCCAAUCGGAUGUCUCUGUUCUACGCCAGCGCCACGCCCAUGCUGAAGACGCUCAGCGACGCCAUGUCCAAGUUCGUCUCCGACAACCCGGAUGUUCCGAUCGAGAACACGACGGACUGCUUGAGCACGAUGGCCUGCAUCUGCAAAGUGAUGCUGGAAACGCCGGAGUACCGCAGCCGCUUCACCAGCGACGAGACGGUGCUGUUCUGCCUCCGCGUGAUGGUGGGCGUCAUCAUCCUGUACGACCACGUCCACCCCGCCGGGGCCUUCGUCAAGACGUCCAACAUCGACAUGAAAGGCUGCAUCCGGGUCCUGAAGGAGCAGCAGCCCAGCAGCGUGGAGGGUCUGCUCAACGCCCUCAGGUACACCACCAAACACCUGAACGACGAGGCCACGUCCAAGCAGGUGAAGAACAUGCUGCAGCAGAACUGAGGGGCCGGCGGGAGGAGCCGGGUCCGGGUCCUGGUCCGGAGUCCAGGAGAACUACUGAACAAACCGUCAGCUGACGUUUCUGUGUCCUUGUUUUUACUGUCGUUUUUAAAACUGAGAUGUUUAUAAAUGUUAAAAAAAAGAAGAAAAAAAG